CUAUCUAUCUCUCUUUUUUCCCCUUGUGUGUAUGUGUAAUAAUAUACAGAAUGAAUGAAUGAAUCACAAGUUGUUCCAAGACGUUGAAAAAUCUUUUUGUAUUCGAAUCUUUUUGGAAAUCUUUGGUCUUUGAUGAAAAAUCACCACCAUUAUAACUAAUUUGAUAUUUUAGAGUUUACGACGAUCGUAAAUUCUUGAAAAGAAAAUAUUUACUUGUCAUUAUAAUUUAUUUCAAAAUCUAAUCUGGAACUGGAACAGUGGUCGCGCCGAAGUUCAACGCCUAUCGUGAACCACAAUUUUAGUGGACCGAUCAGUGCACCCCAACCACCACCACCACAAUUACAACAGCAGCAACCUGGUAGAUCUGGAGGUCCAAGUCCAUCAUGCAGUCCAGGUAUUCCAAAUCAUCCGAAUAAUCUUGGAAACGGUAUCAACAUUAAUAAUAACAAUAAUCCUGCUGGUCCGCCACCACCACAUUCUUCUCAUCAUUCUCCUAUGCUUUGUGGACCACCACCACCGCCACCAAUACCACCACAAAACGGUCCUCCAAUGACGAUGGGACCAUAUAAUCCGGGGGCCAAUUCGAUUCCACAUGUUAUGCAUCAUGCACCACAUUUGAUGCAACAUCCUGGAGGUCCACCGCCCCCACCACCACCUAAUCCAAAUUUACAACAUCCACAUGGAAGACAUACGCCAUUCUACGACAUUAGACAGCCGGAAAAUCGAAUCCAUGAAAUCAAUAAACGUUUACAGCAAAGAAGCGAGGAUUCCGAUAACAUAUGGUGGGAUGGUUUCGCUUCCGAAUUCUUUGAAGAUGAUGCCACAUUGACAGUGACAUUCUGUCUUGAAGAUGGCCCUAAACGAUAUACCAUUGGUCGAACUUUGAUUCCUCGUUAUUUCCGUAGUAUUUUCGAAGGUGGUGUCACGGAAUUUCAGAUAAAUCUUCGAAACUGUAAAGAAUCAUUUCAUAAUACAACGAUUACAGUCGAUUGUGAUCAAUGUACAAUAAUGACCAGCCAUGGAAAACCUAACUUUAAAAUGGGACCUUAUUCACAUGCAUCGAACGAUAUGAUAAAAGAACAUAUGAUGAAAGAGUCGUCGGUUCUUGUUUGCACCGAAGGACGAUUAGUUUUGGAAUUUACUUAUGAUGAAUUACCACGGAUCAAAUCAUGGCAUUUCGCCACCCGAAUGCAUCAUGAAUUGAUUCCAAAAUCAUUGGCACUUCAAGCUCAACAAGAUCCUUCCAUGUUAGAUCAGAUUACCAAGAAUAUCACCCGACAAGGCUUAACAAAUUCGACGCUAAAUUAUCUACGGCUUUGUGUCAUUCUUGAACCGAUGCAAGAAUUAAUGUCAAGACAUAAGGCCUAUUCAUUAUCGCCAAGAGAUUGUCUUAAAACGACAUUGUUUCAAAAAUGGCAACGUAUGGUUGCACCACCCGAGACCAGUAGACCUCCGAGUAAACGAAGAAAAAGAAAAUCUUCAACCAAUACCGGAACUACGACGAAUAGCAAAAAGAAAAAUAAUCAGAACAAUAUGAGUCCAGUUCCACCCCCGUUUACAUUGGCAACACAGGUAGACGUAAUGGUUGUUGGUGAACCGUCGUUGAUGGGUGGAGAAUUUGGUGACGAAGAUGAACGAUUAAUCACUAGAUUAGAAAACAACCAAUAUGAUCCAAAUGCUGCAGCCGGAACGAAUGGACUAGAAGAUGCCGAUGACUUUAAUUCAUUAGGUUCCUCAUCAGGUGGUACUAAUACAACAAAUAAUGGUGGCAAUAAUUCAGCUAAUAUCGGACCAGGUGCAAAUGGUGGCGGCGCCGGAGGUGGUGGCCCACCUUCAUGGCCACCGAAUGGACCAAAUAAUGGCAAUAGUUCAACGAAUUCGAAUACAGGAAAUCUUUCGAACAAUUCGAAUGUUUCAUCUGGAAAUGGAUCAGGUGUGGGACCUAAUCAAGAUCAAUCAAAUCAGAUAAAAUCUGAGAAACAAUCACCAAGUUUAAAUCAAUGAACUAUUACAAACAACCAUCAGCGGCAGCAUCAACAAACACAACAUGCACAUCAUUCAACAAUGUACUCAAUUAAUAAUUCUACACAUUCUUAACAAAUGAAAAGUAUUUCAUGUCAUCAACAUUUAUAAUAUUCCAGUCGCAUCGAUACGAAUUUAUUCUCCUUCAUCAUGUGAUAAUGAUAGUCGAUACCGGAAAAACCUGGAUCAAAUAACACCAAAACAUACACACCGACAUACACUCACACACACACACACACACACAAAGUCUGGGAUUGCUUCAGAUUUUUCAACGAUCAGACGAUUUAUCAAUUUCUCAUUUAUUUAUUUCUAUCUUAUAUUUAUAAAUAUAUUGAACGAAAUAACCUUAUUUAAAACAAAAAACAAUUCCAGCAAAAAUGGCCAACCAUAUUUGGGCAAUCAUUAAAAAAACCUUUUUAUUCAUA